AUGCGCCGAUCAUGUGUGGUUGUUACACGAUUGAUGCUGCGAUGCCAUGAAUCCACCCACGCUCAGGCAAAAUGGACCCCCAUGUAUCAGUUGGAUGUAGUAGUCCAUGAAAUUUUAGUCGGGAAACAGAGAUUAAUUCAAAUUUAGACUUGAGUGAGAUUGAUGGUUGCAAAGGACGAGAAGUUGAACCAGCUUGCAGUUAAAAUUAUCCUGGGCAUUAAUCCGCCGUUUGAUCGCUUAUUAUCAUCACUCUACCCUCAAGUAUAGCUUCUGGAAGAUAGCCUUAUUCGGCAGCCAUCACUUCUCCAUGUGCUUGUAACUGAAAAAGGGCGGAGGUAUCAAGGGAUUCGAGGGUCAAUCUAUUUAAGGCUUGUUCUGGUGUGUCAGGGAAGAUCGACCUAUUCUUGGCCCAUUUAGUUGUGUCAGUUGCAACGGCAUUGAUUACCAUUGAGCUUUUCUGCGAAAUAUAUUUAUUGCUUUCAAAAUGAAAGCUCUGAUUAAAACAACAAGAGACAUGGAUUGUCUCUUCGUGAUUCUCCCAUUGGAUCGUCUCGCACUGGUGUCACAGUAAGUUGAUGGAGGGAUCCUUUUCAAUCGACAAUAUGCGAAUAUGAGUUUGCGAACAGGACUCUGGAGGAUGGAAUUGUUGAAGUCUCAACUCAGCAAAAGUCUCUGGUGAGAGAAUCACAUUUGGGACGCACUACAUCCAUGUGCACGCUGAUUUCACUAGGAAUAGUCACAGUCGGAGAAUUCAUGACGUGAAUAUGUGUAUCUCAGAAAUCUUCGCGUCCACCUCUUCACGACAGCUCGCCACAGGAAUAUGAUUCUCGAAGUGUACGCUUAAAGAAGCGGGAGCCACUGUACAUUUUUAUUCUUGACAAGGUGAAAUGAAAGGCUAUAUCCAGGGAUGCGCGGACCUUGUCUUUUGAGGUGGUGAUUGGAUUGGAAUUUCCAUUUUGUUGCCGAAUCGGAGGCGUAAAUGAGACCGAGGCUGGAGAACCGUGCGGGUUCGCGUGGGAGAUGAAUAGACCGCCACGCCAGGGGCGGCACGUCGUGCGCGCAUUAGGUCGCCUGCAACGGCGCGCUUCUGCAUCUCCCGCCCGGAAAACAGGAUCUUCGUCUGGACGAGCACUUUUGCUAUGGCACUAACAAACGCGAUUCUGUCGAAAUGAGAUGUUUCAGUCUGCUUUUGUUGCUGUCUUCGCAGGGGAAGCUGUGGGUUCUGCUUUUUUCAGCCCCCGAAUUGGAAUGAAAGGACAUCCACCUUUGUACAUUCAGCCCGGUGUUUCUCGGAGCACACAUGACUUUUGCGUUUGAGGCAGCCGCUGAAUUGGGCUUGGUUCCGGAUGGUAGUAGGUUACCGAUAAGGAGGUGAUAUUUGUCUCGUUGCAUGAAUUUUAUAAGAGACUUAAAUAGCUUCUGAUGGGGGCGGAAAUUGUACCCACUUUGGUCACCGAAAAGCCCAAGGGCAAGCUCUUUACUGCAGUCCUACCGAGUGUUUGGUUCAUCAAGCUGCGUUCCAAUCGUAGACGGUCGCGGAAUUCGAGAGCAUCCGACGAAAACAGCGAGCCCGUCAUUCCUGACAAUGCACCAUUUCUCCCCAAGAGCGUGGAGAAUUGUUACCGGACUGCAUUGGCAUCUGAAGCAUGUAGCUUCAGCCCUCUUGAUGGAUCGCACUCUAGAAGCCCUAGUGACCCUCCCAUCUCCAGCCCAUGCGCUGAGAGAGAUGGUGUCAAAUCUGCUCCUGUGCCUUCGACCCCGAACAGGAAGAGCAUUGCUCGCUCUGAGGGGACCUUAAGCACGAAGAGCAUAGCUCGCUCUGAAGAGACUCCAACCAGGAAGAGCAUGUCUCGCUCGGAAGGGUCUGCGGGGACCACUAGAUCAACAACAGUAACCUCUGUCGCUACCACCACGUCCUCUACAAAUUCUAGUAUAUUCUCCAGGUGCAUGUAUAGAUCCACAUUAUUCUCAGGGCUGAGGAGUUUGUGCAAGCUAGUCGAUGAUGAUGACUCUCUUUUGAAGGGGAGCAAUUCGAUACAAUUUCGAAAGUCCCCGACACCCACCAUGAGGGCAUGGUUUUUGGUGGGUUGUGGAGGCACCCCGCGCUCACGUACUCGCCACAGCAGCCUAGACCUGGAGAGAGAGUCUGGGCUGAUGGAGUUGGACGGGGAAUCAGGGCUCGGGUGCAUUGAGGAAGGAGUGGGAGUUGAAGCUUCUUGGCCCAGAAAAUCCGAGUCUUGGUCGGCGGGCGAUUCAAUGAAGCAUAAUAAUGGCGAGGUAGUCAAGAACGAAGUUGUCGUUAAGAAGAAGAAUUCCUCAAAGCAUAGGGUGCAGUCUCCGGUAAAAUCCCCGAUGAAGGUGAGGUCUCCGGCGAAGUUGAAGCAGGGAACUAAACCCACACUUGGUCACCUAUUUUCCUCCAAGUCCGACACAGAUUCCCCAAGGAAGGAUUUCCCAGAGACCGAAGAGGAGUCUGAAAUUCACAUUGAGGAUCCCAAGCUGGUCACACUUCCAUGGGGAUCGACGUCUUUUGGGAGUGACAGCACCUUCAGAGUGCCUUCGGUGUGUUCAGAGUAUGGAUUGGCGCUGUCAGAACGCAGACCGUUCUCUUGCGACGAUUCAGAGAUCCCGGCUUACAAUGAUGAAGUCGACACUGGUAACCUCUCGGACAGCCAAAGCUUGCUGAGAGCGAAGAUGCUUGCAGCAGAGCAAUCAUGUGACGGCUCGAAAUCGUGGAGGGAUCUACGAAAGUUUGACUUGAAGCAGAAAGAUGAUGCGGCAAUGAAGCUUCUUGCAUCUCUUGAUCACGCUUUGGAUCAACGGAACUUGAAGAGGCUGAUUGAGGAUGACGAAGACAGCGAUCCUGGCUAUGAAUCCAUUUUCGGAAGUCCGAGAUUCGAGUUCCACAACUCGCCUGUGUUUGAAAGCUUUCUCGAGUCUUCCGCAAAAGCAUGGGGGAUUGAUUUCCCUUCCCUCAAGAUGGACGAGGCUAAGACCUCAGGUAACAUCAGCGACAAAAGUAGGGAGCUGCACUGUGUUACUGUCCAGACCGCGACUCAAAUGGAGAAGGCGAGAGAAUUGGCACAUGAGUGGGACAGUAAAGGGAGAGAAGGAAAUUCUGCUGUGCGAGUCAGUUCAUCUCUGUGUGCCAAGCCUCGGAAAACGAAGCGUUCUGGGGAGAAGGAAGAUCCGAAGCGGCCAUCUCCUUCGAGAAAAGCUCCAUCUAAGAUCCUCCAUCAAUCUCCGCCAGGAGGAGAUGUCCCCAAGAACAGUCGCGACCAGAGGACCAUGCAUCCUCAAAGGGAGGUCAUGGUGGAUCCUGGCCUCCAUGAAGAAUUCCAUCAUAGGAGGAAAUUCAACGAACCAAGGAAGCGGACUAAGCAGCGGCGCUCAAAGCAAGUGGCCUCUGUUGACACUUCCCCACCUGCCCCUAUCCCAGCUCCAGCUUCAGCUCCUGCUCCAGCAACUAAGCAACAGACAAGUGUUACGAAGGAGAGAGUGGCUGUUGUGGUGGAAAGCUCCUACGAUCCUUACAACGACUUCCGGGAGUCCAUGAUAGAGAUGAUUGUCGACCAAGAUAUUCAGGAAACUGGCGAUUUGGAGGAACUUUUGCAAUGCUAUUUGUCUCUUAAUGAGGCAGAGUACCAUAAUGUCAUUGUGGAUGUCUUCACGGACGUUUGGCAUGAGCUUUUCGAGAACAAGUUUUAGAUUCUCCUGGAAGGAGUAUGCGAAUGUUGCUCCACUUACAGAAGAACCCACUUCUUGAAAGGGACAACUCUUUGCGGGCGGAAAAAGAUCUCCCCGCUGAUAACUAUCCCCUCGAUGUUUUAUUAUUCAACUUCACAGAAAUGUGUACGCAUGUCCGUUGAAUGCCGGAUAUGCCCAUAUUUGCCGACAAGGAGCCCGAGUUCGUUGCGAAUUAAACGCAUGCUGUGACUCGGCAUCAUGUGCAAAGUCGUAAGAUAGUCGGAAGAGGCGAUUUGACCUAUUUCCGAAGACGGACACUUAGAGGACUCAGGUUUUUUUUGCACUGAUUUAUCACGGUGUCGAGUUGUGUGUUAGACUGUGAACUAGAUUUCAAAAACAGGUGAAAGGUGAAUCGUAAGUGCUGGGUAUAUUUUGCUCGUCCUCAAGAAAAUUAUGAAGGCGACAAAAGACAGACAUGUCCGGUAGUUAGAUAGGUACUCGAAGUGGAUGGACGCUGUUCACAAGAGCAGGCCGUGGUCAUCUAAAUGGAGAUGAUUUGAGUAUCAGGUUGCUUCUGGAGAUUUUGAACUUCAAUUCCAGAUGGAUCUAUUUGCCCUACAACAUUCAGAGAAGCCUCCAUGUUUGAAGUUAGGACUCCAACAGCUGACCAACGGUGACGCAUAGCAAAAAUGACGGGCAUUGACAUGGACUGUAAAUGAAUCGACAGAUUGCCUGUCAGGACUGAGGUGGACACCUUCUGUGGACUGCAAGUGAGAUUUUGAGAGAUAGUCACACUUUGUACAUUCACAGAACAAAUUUUUGGGUCACUUCAUCAUCGUCAUAAGAUGACAUCCAAGUUACGCAUUUGCAAUUGAGUUUCACAUGGCAGAAUCAUCCAAGUAUUUAGCCAUGCUAUGGCCAUCACCACAGAGUUUCUUGACGCUUCAUCUUACACAUAAUAGACCUUGCUUUCCUCGCUGAUGGUAA